UUUGUGUUUGUGUUUUUGUUUUGUCUGUCUCAUCUCACUCAUCUGUUGCUCAAAAUUCAAAAUUCUCACACAGAUUGCAAUUUGAUCCUUAAAAUAAGGAAUUUCUGUAUCAAAAUCGUGUAUUUUAUUGUAGAACUUGUUCGCGAGUAUCAAAGUAAUUCUUUGAUUCAAUCUUCGUGCUAAAGGCUCUAGUUUGACGAAUCUUCGUCUUGAGUAAAUGGAACCUGAUCGUAUUCAGAAUGAUGCCCAAUAAGGAUAACUUCGAAACGGUCAGCGAAGGCUGGUUAACAAAAUCACCGCCAACUACUCGGAUAUGGAGAGCUCGAUGGAGAAGAAGAUGGUUUAUAUUACGACAUUCUGGGGAAUUACCUGGUCAAUAUUUCCUAUUUUAUUAUACCGAUAGGAAUUGUAGAAAAUUGAAGGGGCAAAUCGAUCUGGAUCAAUGUGAACAGGUGGACGCUGGUUUGCGACGUUUGCAAUUCGAAUCUCAUAAGCAAAAAUAUCAACACAUGUUUACUAUACGUACACCAAAACGUAUAUAUUAUUUGGCUGCCGAAACCGAAGAUGAUAUGAAUAAAUGGGUAGACUGCGUAUGCCACGUUUGCGGUUUGAAACCCUUUAUUACAGAGGAAGUGGUUACUGACGGUCAAGAAUAUUACGGAGACGGAGACAACAUCUCGCAAGCAGCCACCGGCGUCACAGAUCUAUCGCCACCGGUCACCCCAUCUACCAUAAUAACCGGACCGUACAUACCGAUCAGCGAAUGCAUCAGUGGUAAACCGAUCCACAGUGCCGAAGACCUAAAACAAUUCUUACUGCUGCACGGACACGUAAACAAGCCUUCAGUGGCAGCCACCAGUAUCCCAGUUACCGAACCCAGGCAGGAUUCGUACGAUUUACCUCGUAAUCUUCAGCGUCUUCAGAUCCAGGUGGAAGUCGGUUCUUCUCCACCGCCGAGUCCAGGCAGCGAAUCCGUUUUUACCGACGACGAGUCGGCCCGCAAACCACACAUGGAGAAGAAACCAAACGUGAAUUGGGAAACCUUCCCUAGGCCAUCGGAUAGCUCGGUCGAUGGCGAAGAAAGCCCCGGAUUAGGAACAGCCGCUAUCAAUGUAAAAGCUGACCGGAAGUUUGCCAAAGUUGCAGGUCCUGUACCGAUGGCAGCAGCUGCGCCACCCAGACCACCUAAACCGUCUCAUUUGGCGAAUGUUGAUACGACAGGUGAACCUGGCCAUCCUCCUGUUACCGAGGCGACCCAAGACGAUAUGUACGAUAUACCGAGAUCUCAUCAGAUGCCCGUUGAUCUAGAUGUUGCCAAGAAAGCGGUUGGAAAGCACUGUUAUACAAAUGCUGCUCCAGGUCAUGUAACCGAGAAUAACAUCUUUCGAUAUGAUUUCACCCUCACCGUCACCAAUUCCGACGACAUACCUGAUAGCCCAAGAUCUGAAAGCGGUUCGGUGUCUUUCUCCAACACGUUGACUUAUUCGAAUCUUCCCAGUCCUUCGUUCAGUACUGGAAACCAGCUUAUACCCACUCCGCCGGCCGUCAAUCGCGAAUUGAAACCUGGACGAAAAUAUUCAGACUCGACUGGAGGUUCGAAUGAGCCAUCUCCUAUUCUACUGACUUCAUAUCCGCCAAAUAUUGAUCGAAAAUUGAAACCGUUGAAGACGGUUCAAGACGCGAUGCGUUAUUAUGAAAACAACUCCAGCGGAGCUUUGAAACUUUGUUCGCCUCCGGUAGGCAGUCUUGGUAGAAGGAAGCAAAGAGCUGGUCCUAGUCCUACGCCACCGAAUAACUCUUGCAAAAGUUACGACAGUGGAUCAGCGACCAUUGGCCGAGUGCAUCGAAGACAUUCGUCGUCGGAUGAUCGAUUGGAUCAAGAUAGAGAUGAGGUGCAGUUUUACCAAAUCAACAACCAAACCUACCAUACGCGAACUCGUAGUAAAAAUGAUAAAUCGAAUAAAUUCAGUGAAAUCCAGUAUUUGGAUUUGGAUCUCGAUUCGAGCGAUAGCUCCAAUGCUUCCGGAUUGGUGAAUAAGUCGACGAAAAAUGUACACUCUCCUGCUACAGCUACGGUUUACAAAACGGUUGACUUUAUCAGAACGGAAGCGUUUAACAGAACUAGGAUCGAAGUAGAAGAAGAAAGAAGUAGAUUUAUGGCCGCUGAGUCUGCCUCAUCGUGACGGUAGAAAUUCCGUUCUGCAGCUUUUCAAUGACUCGAACGGAUUUACAGUUACAAUUCACUAUCGAAGACUCGAAGUGAUCAACUACCUUGAAUUUUUACAUUCAUUUGUAACUUGGAUUGUCUUCCUGUGAAAUAAUUUAUCGAAUUGACUUGAUUUGAUCGAAUCAUACCCGUAAAACCCCGAUUAUUGAUUUAAUUUCUAUUUUUUGUACGAGGAUAGUUGGAUGACUUUUGCUGUUGAUCAGCUUUUUUAAAAUGUCGAAAUUUUUUCGUCGCGGAUCUAAAAAUGCCUUAUUUUUUUAAAUUUUAUUUUUUUUUAAUAAAUUAUUGUCUGAGUAUUUCCAAAGGUGAUAUUUUCUAUUUGAAAUGUCCCGUAGAUAUUUUUUAUCGUUGGUUUUUUAAUGUGACAAUAAACGAAUUUUUAUUUACGAUUUUCACGAAAGUAACAUCGCCUUGAAAGUGAAUAAUUUAUUGUUUAGCGAGCUUCAUUUUCAAAAAAUGAUGACAAUAAUGAAAGUAUAUUUUUUAAAUUUGAAGUAUUAAAUAAAUACGAACCUCUAGUCCGUAAAACUUGGAGACGUGGUAAACUCAUUUUUGAUUUUUUAUCGAUGCUUUUAGCCUACAUUACAAAUAAAUCGUUUUUUAACCGUUCAUCAUUCAUAAUAUCUAAAUAAUCACUCGAUCAGUUUUAUUAUUAUUUUAGGUAAUUUUAUUUAGAUAACGAUUUUUUGGAAGAAUUCAACUAGAAAACAAGAUCUGUAUCGUUUUUUAAUUUUUAUAAAAUUAUUUACUGACGAGUCAAAAAAUCUUCACUGCGCAAUGUACCAUGAAUUGAUAUUUGAUCUGAUUUUUUUUCAUAUGAAUUGUAAAAAAUUGUACCAGUUUUUUUUUGUUAAUGCCUAAUUUUUUAAUUAAUGAAUAAAGUACCGUAAUAAGUGUUGGUCUUCCAAUUGAAAUGUACGACAGUCAAUUAUUUUAUAUUGUAAUACCUAUUGGUAUGUUUAUUAAUAUUUUGAAAGAAAAUAUUUUUUACGUUUUAUGCUCAGUUUAUUCAUGUCUUUCGGUAAAUUAAUUACGAAUUACGAACUAGAAGAUAUAACUUUUAGAUUUUAACGAUACUGUACCAUUUUUUAAAUUUUAAUUAUAUAACAUUUGUGUUGAA